AUGCCUCCGAGUACUCGUGAUGCUUCAGAAAGAGAAGCUACUUAUGGAUUUGUUUACGGAGUAUCUGGACCUGUCGUCACAGCCGAAAAGAUGGCUGGAUCCGCCAUGUAUGAACUUGUCCGUGUUGGGCAUGGCGAGUUGGUAGGAGAAAUCAUCCGUCUGGAAGGUGACUUUGCAACUAUUCAAGUCUACGAGGAGACAUCUGCUGUCACAAUCGGAGAUCCAGUUCUACGUACUGGAAAACCACUUUCUGUGGAACUUGGUCCAGGAAUUAUGGGAUCCAUUUUUGAUGGGAUUCAACGUCCACUUAAAGAUAUUGCCGACAUGACACAAUCCAUUUAUAUCCCUAAAGGUGUAUCGACAAAGGCUCUCUCGCGAGAAGCCCGUUGGGAUUAUUCCGUCAGCAAGAAUAUCUUCGUAGGAGCUCAUGUUACUGGGGGUGAUGUAAUUGGGACCGUUUAUGAGAACCUCCUCAUCAAACAUAAGAUCAUGCUUCCUCCUAACUCAUGCGGUACCGUUACUUUCGUUGCUCCAUCAGGGCAAUAUACUGUUGAGGAUGUUUUACUGGAGAUUGAGUUUGCUGGCCAGAAGGAGAAGAUCAUUAUGCUUCAAGUUUGGCCCGUUCGUAACCCUCGACCUUGUGCGGAGAAGCUUGCUGCUAAUAAUCCACUUCUAUGUGGUCAAAGAGUACUUGACGCACUUUUUCCUUGUGUCCAAGGAGGAACAACCGCUAUCCCAGGUGCUUUUGGCUGCGGGAAAACUGUUAUUUCUCAAUCUCUUUCAAAGUAUUCCAACUCAGAUGCAAUUAUCUACGUAGGAUGUGGUGAACGAGGAAACGAAAUGUCUGAGGUGUUGCGUGACUUCCCAGAACUCACUAUGGAAGUUGAAGGUGUCACUACCUCGAUCAUGAAGCGCACUGCAUUGGUAGCAAAUACUUCUAACAUGCCAGUAGCUGCUAGGGAAGCUUCCAUUUACACUGGUAUUACUUUGGCUGAGUAUUUCCGUGACAUGGGCUUGAAUGUCGCCAUGAUGGCUGAUUCGACUUCAAGAUGGGCAGAGGCUCUUCGAGAAAUUUCUGGGCGCUUGGGAGAAAUGCCUGCUGAUUCUGGUUAUCCGGCUUAUCUUGCUGCGCGUUUGGCCUCCUUCUACGAGCGUGCUGGAAAGGUGAAAUGUCUUGGAAAUCCUGAACGCGAAGGAUCGGUCACAAUUGUUGGAGCAGUGUCACCUCCUGGAGGAGAUUUUGCUGAUCCUGUCACAUCAGCGACUUUAGGUAUUGUACAGGUAUUUUGGGGACUGGAUAAGAAACUUGCACAAAGAAAACACUUUCCUUCGAUCAACUGGCUAAUUUCAUACAGCAAAUAUAUGCGUGCUCUAGAAGAUUUCUAUGAAAAAACUCACCCAGAAUUCGUCGCUUUACGAACAAAAUGUAAAGAAAUUCUCCAGGAGGAAGAAGAUCUUUCCGAGAUCGUGCAGUUGGUGGGUAAAGCCUCCCUUGCCGAAUCAGACAAGAUCACACUUGAGGUUGCCAAGCUCAUCAAGGACGAUUUCCUUCAGCAGAAUGGGUAUACACCGUAUGAUCGAUUCUGUCCAUUCUAUAAGACAGUUGGAAUGCUUAAGAACAUGAUUGCUUUCUACGAUCUGGCACGCCAUGCUGUCGAGUCAACAGCCCAGUCUGAAAACAAGGUAACAUGGUCCAUUAUCAGGGAUCACAUGGGAGAUCUUUUGUACCAGCUUUCAUCCAUGAAGUUCAAGGAUCCUGUCAAAGACGGUGAAGAGAAAAUCAAGAAAGAGUACGACGACCUAUUGGAGGCAAUGCAGAACGCGUUUAGGAACCUUGAGGACUAA